AUGACAGUAACAUACGAUCAAACGUAUCGGAAUUCUAAUAUGGCGACCGCCACGCUCGAAGAUAAAUUCGAGGUGAUUAAGGAGAUUGGCGAUGGGAGCUUUGGGAACGUUGUUCUUGCUCGAACGCGGACGGCGGGUUCUCAUGUCGCGCGGAGGGGAACGAUGGUUGCAAUCAAGACGAUGAAAAAGAAGUUCGAAUCCUUUUCGUCAUGUCUAGAACUGCGUGAAGUCAUCUUCCUACGAACCCUCCCCCAUCACCCCCAUCUUGUUCCCGCCCUCGACAUUUUCCUUGACCCCGUGAGCAAGAAAUUACACAUUUGCAUGGAAUAUAUGGACGGCAACCUUUACCAGUCAAUGAAGGCCCGGGAUCAAAAGUGUCUGGAUCCGAAAACCGUGAAGAGCAUAUUAUUCCAGAUACUGUCUGGAUUAGACCAUAUUCAUGCACAUAACUUCUUCCAUCGAGACAUCAAGCCCGAAAACAUACUGGUUUCAAGUGCUGGCUCCGGAGAUUCAUCGGCAUUCAGUCGAUUUACGCCCCCUUCAACACCAUCCACCUACAUCGUGAAAAUUGCAGACUUUGGACUUGCCAGGGAAACACAUUCAACAGUUCCGUAUACCACAUACGUGUCAACACGAUGGUAUCGUGCCCCUGAAGUUCUGUUGCGGGCAGGCGAAUAUUCUGCGCCUGUGGAUAUAUGGGCUCUUGGGGCAAUGGCUGUGGAAAUCGCCACCUUGAAACCCCUCUUCCCUGGUCGGAAUGAAGUCGAUCAGGUAUGGCGUGUCUGCGAAAUCAUGGGGAGUCCAGGCAAUUGGUACAACAAGUCUGGCAAUAAAGUUGGGGGAGGGGAGUGGAGAGAGGGUGCCAGACUAGCUCAGAAAUUGGGUUUCUCGUUCCCAAAGAUGGCCCCUCAUUCGAUGGAGAGUGUCCUCCCACUCCCAAACUGGCCAUUCGCGUUGAGCAAUUUUGUCACUUGGUGCCUGAUGUGGGAUCCCAAAAGCCGGCCAACCUCGUCACAGGCUUUGAACCACGAGUACUUUGCGGAUGCUCUCGAUCCACUCCGGCCGAAAUCGUCCCGUCUGCUUGGCCGGAAACAAUCAGACAAGAGCUUCAAGGCAGGCUCACGGGAAAAUAACGAUUCUCCUGCUCUUUCUUCUAAAUCGUCUUGGUUCCGAAGGUCCUUGAUUGGUGGACGAGACAGCCCCGCUCCUGUACAUGAGGAGAAUGACAGCCGUCGGCCCCCAGCUGUGUCCUAUAAUACUGUCCCGGAAGUACCGACCAUUAAGAAUAAGUCAGCUGCAAACAAGCGUGCUACGUGGACGAAUGGCGCGCCCAUGCCCAUUCUCCCAUCCAUCCGUCCAGUCUCUCCGUUAUCCAAUGUUGUAACCGCACCGGCCAACUCCAGGAUCUCCCACGCCAACGAUGGAAAUGGUGCAGAUCAGGUCCAAAACGGCAAACUUACCGGCAAGAAGAUUGGCCGACAGCUGUCUAUGAACUCGAAUGGGAACCACUAUUCAGAUAUUCAUCGCCAAGAGGCGGAGAGAGCACUUAUUGGUGCUGGAGGUUUAGUAACCCCCGCGAGUGCCACAAAGGAAAGCUUUUUCUCUCAUCUUCGAAAACGAGCUCGUAGACUUUCCGGCAGGACCCCAGGUGUUCUCCACGCCAACGACGAUGUCGAGGCCAAUGCUGGAUGUGUCCCCUGGUCAAAUCGGUCCUCAAUGGCCCUGGAUGCGGUAAAUGUCACGGACCAAAAAGCUACAGAAGAUUUCUCGGAGUUGGAUAAGGCGUUACAAAAUGUGCGCUAUAGCCUGGACAUAGCAUCACCCAGCCUGCCUAACCACCAUCACCACCAGCACUUCAAUUCUUCACCGACCCCAUCUUCAAAUCCAAACCGACAGUCGAUGCCCACACAAGGACCGUCUGUACGUACUUCUACGGAAAAUUACACGUCUAACCCAGUGUGUCCAACUCCAGGUCCAAUAUCCAGCCGGACACGACGUACGCUUCAACUCUCUACCCGCCCGGUUAAUCGAUAUGAAACUCCAGAAGAAGAGGACGAGCUACUUCAAGAGGUGCUCCAUUCCACGACUAAGGCUGCACGACACCUUGGUCAACAACAGCAGCAACAACAGCUACGAGCAACAUCUGUAACAAUGGACUCCUACGACGAUGACGACGGUGACACCAUGCUACGCCACGAUCGUGACUAUCACAACCACAAUCGCAUCUACGGCCACCGGGACACCCACAACAAUUCCAUCAAUCGCAACUACCAAUCCAUCCGCGCCAUAGACCCCAGCAGCCCAAUCUCAAACCCCUAUCCAACCCCAUCCCCUUCAUCAAAAUGCGAUGGCAUCUCCUUUUCCCCGGAGCCGCUAACUUCCUCGAAGCCGUUGAGGGUGCACAGGUCCAAUGCUGUAUCGGCACUCAAGCCCUCUCAGGCACCUGCAGUCGAGGUGACCGACAAGCGCGAUCUUACCCGUCAAUGGCCCACACCACCAUAUGAUGAGCAGCAGUGGGCUGAAUCUGCUGCGAAGAGUAUCUUUGCUGCGGCUACCUUUCGAUAA